AUGGUGGUAAUACAAGUGGUGUUUAACAAGCUUGCAGAUAUGCGUCUAUAUUUUGGUGCUGCUAAUUCCAGUGUCCGUGCAGCUAGUGGUAUUUAUGCAGAACGUUUCUCACAGCGCAUUUUACCUUCUCAUGCAUCGUUUGCUACUAUGCAUCGACGAACAUGUGAAAUGGGGACCCUGCACAGAGCGGCCAAGCCGGGUGCGGACGGCUGUGGGAACACCAGCGACCAGAGAGGACCACGAGAGCCGCGUCUGGCGGGCGCGGACCGCGGAGGGAACACCAGCGACCAGAGAGGACCACGAGAGCCGCGUCUGGCGGGCGCGGACCGCGGAGGGAACACCAGCGACCAGGGAGGACCACGAGAGCCGCGUCUGGCGGGCGUGGACCGCGGAGGGAACACCAGCGACCAGAGAGGACCACGAGAGCCGCGUCUGGCGGGCGUGGACCGCGGAGGGAACACCAGCGACCAGAGAGGACCACGAGAGCCGCGUCUGGCGGGCGUGGACCGCGGAGGGAACACCAGCGACCAGGGAGGACCACGAGAGCCGCGUCUGGCGGGCGUGGACCGCGGAGGGAACACCAGCGACCAGAGAGGACCACGAGAGCCGCGUCUGGCGGGCGUGGACCGCGGAGGGAACACCAGCGACCAGAGAGGACCACGAGAGCCGCGUCUGGCGGGCGUGGACCGCGGAGGGAACACCAGCGACCAGAGAGGACCACGAGAGCCGCGUCUGGCGGGCGCGGACCGCGGAGGGAACACCAGCGACCAGGGAGGACCACGAGAGCCGCGUCUGGCGGGCGUGGACCGCGGAGGGAACACCAGCGACCAGAGAGGACCACGAGAGCCGCGUCUGGCGGGCGUGGACCGCGGAGGGAACACCAGCGACCAGAGAGGACCACGAGAGCCGCGUCUGGCGGGCGUGGACCGCGGAGGGAACACCAGCGACCAGAGAGGACCACGAGAGCCGCGUCUGGCGGGCGCGGACCGCGGAGGGAACACCAGCGACCAGGGAGGACCACGAGAGCCGCGUCUGGCGGGCGUGGACCGCGGAGGGAACACCAGCGACCAGAGAGGACCACGAGAGCCGCGUCUGGCGGGCGUGGACCGCGGAGGGAACACCAGCGACCAGAGAGGACCACGAGAGCCGCGUCUGGCGGGCGUGGACCGCGGAGGGAACACCAGCGACCAGAGAGGACCACGAGAGCCGCGUCUGGCGGGCGUGGACCGCGGAGGGAACACCAGCGACCAGAGAGGACCACGAGAGCCGCGUCUGGCGGGCGUGGACCGCGGAGGGAACACCAGCGACCAGAGAGGACCACGAGAGCCGCGUCUGGCGGGCGUGGACCGCGGAGGGAACACCAGCGACCAGAGAGGACCACGAGAGCCGCGUCUGGCGGGCGUGGACCGCGGAGGGAACACCAGCGACCAGAGAGGACCACGAGAGCCGCGUCUGGCGGGCGUGGACCGCGGAGGGAACACCAGCGACCAGAGAGGACCACGAGAGCCGCGUCUGGCGGGCGCGGACCGCGGAGGGAACACCAGCGACCAGGGAGGACCACGAGAGCCGCGUCUGGCGGGCGUGGACCGCGGAGGGAACACCAGCGACCAGAGAGGACCACGAGAGCCGCGUCUGGCGGGCGUGGACCGCGGAGGGAACACCAGCGACCAGAGAGGACCACGAGAGCCGCGUCUGGCGGGCGUGGACCGCGGAGGGAACACCAGCGACCAGAGAGGACCACGAGAGCCGCGUCUGGCGGGCGCGGACCGCGGAGGGAACACCAGCGACCAGGGAGGACCACGAGAGCCGCGUCUGGCGGGCGUGGACCGCGGAGGGAACACCAGCGACCAGAGAGGACCACGAGAGCCGCGUCUGGCGGGCGUGGACCGCGGAGGGAACACCAGCGACCAGAGAGGACCACGAGAGCCGCGUCUGGCGGGCGUGGACCGCGGAGGGAACACCAGCGACCAGAGAGGACCACGAGAGCCGCGUCUGGCGGGCGCGGACCGCGGAGGGAACACCAGCGACCAGAGAGGACCACGAGAGCCGCGUCUGGCGGGCGUGGACCGCGGAGGGAACACCAGCGACCAGAGAGGACCACGAGAGCCGCGUCUGGCGGGCGUGGACCGCGGAGGGAACACCAGCGACCAGAGAGGACCACGAGAGCCGCGUCUGGCGGGCGUGGACCGCGGAGGGAACACCAGCGACCAGAGAGGACCACGAGAGCCGCGUCUGGCGGGCGUGGACCGCGGAGGGAACACCAGCGACCAGAGAGGACCACGAGAGCCGCGUCUGGCGGGCGUGGACCGCGGAGGGAACACCAGCGACCAGAGAGGACCACGAGAGCCGCGUCUGGCGGGCGUGGACCGCGGAGGGAACACCAGCGACCAGAGAGGACCACGAGAGCCGCGUCUGGCGGGCGCGGACCGCGGAGGGAACACCAGCGACCAGGGAGGACCACGAGAGCCGCGUCUGGCGGGCGUGGACCGCGGAGGGAACACCAGCGACCAGAGAGGACCACGAGAGCCGCGUCUGGCGGGCGUGGACCGCGGAGGGAACACCAGCGACCAGAGAGGACCACGAGAGCCGCGUCUGGCGGGCGUGGACCGCGGAGGGAACACCAGCGACCAGAGAGGACCACGAGAGCCGCGUCUGGCGGGCGCGGACCGCGGAGGGAACACCAGCGACCAGGGAGGACCACGAGAGCCGCGUCUGGCGGGCGCGGACCGCUGCCGCGAGGAACAGCAAUUAUUCAUCUGGAUAGCAUCUUUAGUUCAUAUUUGA